AUGGCCCUGGAUCCGACUACCGCUGCCAGAUCCUCUCGUGGUGCAUCUCUUUCACAGACCUCCAAUUCCGUUUCCACCGCCCCUCCCGGUUCCUUGCAAUCCGCUUCGAGGAGAACCUCCAGCCAAAUGCUGCCCCCGCCGCUACCACAGAACAACAGUCUCCCAAGCUCACCACGGCCGGCACAGGCUGCAAUCAUGGACAACGCUGGUGUCGGCAUUGGACCAGGACCCAUUCGGCAUCCCCGACCUCUCACCGCCGCCGAACUACACCUGGAACUGGAAAAGGAGCAAGAGAGCAUUGUCAAUCGCCUUACCCGUGAACUAUCCGCACUGCGUGCCCAGACGGCGUCGGUAGCCUCCACGACCUCUUCGACGUCCGACCAUUUCUUCUCCAACAGUGAUCCUUAUAUGCCCACAAGCGGCACAGGGACGACCAUCAUUCCCACCGCUGCUCGUCGUCACCGAUCUUCUUCGAAUCUCUCCACCCGAUCCACAAGAUCUAUUCGAGACAGCCUCGCCAAUGCUUCCAGUACGAGCGUGUCCGGCGUCGCCGCACCGCGAGAUCAGAGCGUCCAGGCAAGCGCUCGACCCAGCAUGGAGCUGGGCCGUCCGGACAUGAGUCGGCACAAUUCGACAUCCGCGUCGGGAUUCCGCACCAGCUCCAUGACCUCCUCGCCGCACAUGAGUCAAAGUGGCUACGGUUAUCCUCACCGUGCCUCGGUGUCCUCGAAUGCGCCCAACCUGUCAAGUUCUGCCGCGGAGUCCGUCCCUCAUUACCCACUUCCUCGCAGCCCCAGUGCCACCGCCGCGGUCGCCAGUGCGAGGUAUGAGGAGGCCACACUCCAGCGAGGAGAGCUGGAGGCGGUCAAGCGAGAGAAUGAACUGCUCAAGGUACGGGUCAAAGAGCUAGAGAAGAGCCUCCAGAGAGCCAACGAGACUAAUAAUGGUUCGGCCUUGGCGGGUUCUGGCCCUUGA